GUCCCCACGGUCGUCCUCUCGUUGCUCUUCCUUUUGCCGAUUGCAGAAAUGGUCACCUUCUUUAGGGGCCAGACUAGUCCCUCCUCCAGCAAGCAAGCAAGCAGGCGGAGAGGACCCCAGGAAGCACUACAUCUUCCCCUCGGCCAACUUUAGCCAACCACCGCCCUCUCGGUGUCAGGACUAUUAAGCGUGGGCUUUGUGUGUGUCUGAGAUCACCGUGAUUGUUGGGGAAAAGGCUCGCAAUGGAGGAUUCCGUGGAGAAAUGCGGUGACAGGGAACAACCUCUCGAUUACGUUGGCCGAGAGCGCAAGAUCAUGCUGAGUUACUCGACGGAAGACGAGCGUUGCGUGAGCAGUUCAAGCUUUGAGACCUCGCCAGGCGAGGACGCACGAGGCGCGAGCGGCUCUGAGGAAUCGCUGCCGCCGUCGGUGCCAUCGAGUUGGCCGACGCGGAAGUCCUCGGAUUCUGAUGCAUACGCGGAUGAUGAAAGAACCGAUUCGAAUGAUGCGAAAGCUGAUAAGCUCAGAGGUUGUGCCUCAGAUAUUGAGUUGAUGAAGGAGAGGUUUUCCAAACUGUUGCUGGGAGAAGACAUGUCAGGCUGCGGGAAGGGAGUAUGCACUGCACUGGCAAUCUCCAAUGCCAUCACCAAUCUGUGCGCCACGGUGUUUGGGCAACUCUGGAGGUUGGAACCUCUGCCUCCCGAAAAGAAAUCCAUGUGGCGAAGGGAGAUGGAGUGGCUUCUUUGUGUUAGCGAUCACAUCGUGGAUCUGAUGCCCUCUUGGCAAACAUUUCCUGACGGGAGCAAGCUCGAGGUCAUGACUUGCAGACCAAGAUCAGAUUUGUACAUCAAUCUGCCAGCACUGCGAAAAUUAGACAACAUGCUUCUCGAAAUACUAGAUAGUUUCAAUGAUCCCGAGUUUUGGUAUGUUGAUCAAGGUAUAGUGGCACCGGAUUCUGAUGGCUCGGCCUCUUUCAGAAGAACACUUUUCCGGCAAGAAGAGAAGUGGUGGCUACCCGUACCUCAUGUUCCACUUGAUGGUCUUCAUGAAAACACAAGAAAGCAGUUGCAGCACAAAAGAGAAUGUGCAAAUCAGAUUUUGAAGGCUUCAAUUGCUAUUAACACUGAUACUUUGGCAGAAAUGGAGGUUCCCGAAACUUACCUUAGUUCGCUUCCCAAGAAUGCAAGAGCGAGCUUGGGUGAUUUGAUGCAUCGUUAUGUUACUUCGGAUCAGUUUUCGCCUGACUGUCUUCUCGAUUGUCUUGAUUUGUCCUCCGAACACCAAGCUCUGGAAAUCGCAAACCGUGUCGAGGCAUCAACGUACAUUUGGCGUCGAAGAAGGGUGGCCAGACCUGUAAGCAACAGGAAUGGCAUCGCCACCACCAAAUCAUCCUGGAGAACCGCCGUCAAGGACAUGGUUGUGGAUGCUGCAGGAAAAAGAGAAUUAUUUGCUGACAGAGCUGAGACUAUCUUGCUCUGCCUGAAGCAGAGGUUUCCUGGUCUGACACAAACCGCACUGGAUGUGUGCAAAAUCCAGUUUAACAAGGACCUCGGGAAAUCCAUUCUUGAAAGCUAUUCCAGAGUUUUGGAGAGCCUUGCAUUCAACAUUGUUGCUCGCAUCGAUGAACUGCUGUACGUAGACGACUUCAGCAAGAAUUCAGACCACCUGUUGGAUUCCAGAACCGGUGUCAUCGCCCACCAGAAAGCAUCAUUUCCAUGCUCGGCGCCUACUUCAGACACUGCAUUUGCGAGUGCUCAUUCCGCACCAGGUUUCUCGCCUGCACCGUUAAUUAGUUCUACGAGGGAAGAGAGCCCUGUCUUCGUCGACGGUAAGUCUCAUAACCAUGGAUUUGGUGUGAAGAAAAUAUUGACGAAUUAUCUCCGUGUAGAGGUGAAGGGAAAAGGCUCUGUCAAUGUUGGUUCGGGCAGCAGAGUCGAUUUCAUGCAUGAACACUGAAGCCUAGGAAGCAUCUCGAGAACAGAACUCAAGAGAGCAGAGAGGGGCUCGAUACCAUGAAUCCAGAGUCAUCACGAGUACUCUGGUUCUAUAUAGAUUGUAACUUUCUUGGCGUGGUGGCUGGUGAUUAAUAUGUUACAGUAGACAUUGCAGAGUUGGCUGGCAAACGGUUUGCAUGCGUGUAGAAGUAUUCUAUCGGGCAACUUUGAGCUUGCAAUUUUCUUGGUGUUUGGUUAGUAAUCGUCGGCCUGUGCACACUGCAG